UCCGCCAACGCCAGCUUCAGUUUCCUCCAGCCGGGUAAUUGACUCGUUAUCGAAUCCCGGGUACGAAAAGCGGACGUAAGAGGAUUGGCCAAUCCAGCCUCUCCUCGUUAACGGGUCGUACCGGAAUCCGAGUCGGAUCCUUCUACCUCUCCGGCUCUACCCACACGGAUCUGCUCGCUCCGAUUCAACUCCAACGUCUCUCUCUUUCUCAAAUCCAACCCCAGCUUGACAUUCACAUAUUUUUCCAAUCCAGAUCUGCUCUCUGCUUGUCCCAAAACUUUUUGUUUUUUCUUCUCAUAGAAUUUGGGGGAUAUUCGCCAUUUCUGCAGAAAAAGUUGCAGAAAAGUUGAAAAAAGAUGUUGGCAAUCCCGUAUCUAACUGCUUUAACGACAUACUAUAGUUAUGGAUUGCUGUUUGCUUUUGGCCAAAUCAGGGAUUUCUUCCGGAAAAUUAUAGAUUGGAGCUCGAACAAUAAUCUUCAGGGGUAUCCUCCAAUCUGCUUAGGACUUGAAGAUUUCUAUAUCCGCCGUUUAUAUCUCCGUAUUCAGGAUUGUUUUGGACGACCAAUAGCUAGUGCUCCGGAUGCUUGGUUUGACGUUGUUGAACGUUACUCCAAUGACAACAAUAAGACACUAUUUAACUUUUAUUUUCUGUAUGUAAACUGGAGUAUUUCUUAUGAUUUUUUUUUAAACAUUUUGUUUACAGCACCCUCUCACCUGGAGGAAGUCUUGAGAGAACAAAUUGCAGAAGGGCAACCAAGGACACACAGACCUUGGAAGAAGAUUAUUGUUAUUGUGGAGGGAAUAUACAGCAUGGAAGGGGAGCUUUGCAAACUUCCUGAAAUUAUAGCAAUCUGCAAAAAGUACAAGGCAUAUACGUACUUGGAUGAGGCCCACAGCAUUGGAGCAGUAGGGAAAACAGGGAGAGGUGUUUGUGAACUCUUAGGAGUGGAUACUGCCGACGUGGAUAUUAUGAUGGGAACUUUUACGAAAUCAUUUGGAUCCUGUGGAGGCUAUAUUGCAGGGUCUAAGGAACUUAUUCAAUACUUGAAGUAUACUUGCCCUGCGCAUCUUUAUGCAACUUCAAUAUCACCACCGUCUGCAGAACAAAUUAUAUCUGCCAUAAAGGUCAUCCUUGGGGAGGAUGGUUCUAGUAGAGGUGCCCAGAAACUUGCUAGAAUACGAGAAAACAGCAACUUUUGGUCGGAAUUGCAGAAAAUGGGAUUUGAAGUUCUUGGGGAUAAUGAUUCCCCAGUAAUGCCUAUUAUGCUUUACAAUCCUGCCAAAAUCCCUGCUUUCUCACGGGAGUGCCUUAAGCACAACGUGGCUGUGGUAACAGUGGCUUUCCCAGCAACACCUCUACUGCUGGCACGGGCACGCAUAUGCAUAUCUGCUUCUCAUUCCAAGGAAGACCUAAUCAAAGCCUUGGAGGUUAUCAGUACAGUUGGUGAUCUUGUAGGCAUAAAAUACUUCCCUGCUGAGCCAGAGAAGCAGCAACAAGAGGAAAGGAUGAAGUUGGAAUAGAGAGAAACAAUUGGAAUUAAGCAACUGCUAGUGGCAACAGGAGAAGAUGCAAUCGUAGCUGGGGGAUUCUUUUAUGUGCCUUAACUGUAUAAUUCAUUGCGGUCUCUGUGAAGAGGUUUGUACCUUCAUUAACUGGAUUUAUGACUGCCCCUCUACUCCUUUGUGUAUACCGGGUGAAAAACCAUCAGAACGUUCAUUGCUGGGGCUAAUGUCAUCUUGCUUGUGCUUGUUUAAGUUGUCUUUUUGUUUUCUCAUGAUGUGUACAUAGCUAGUUGUUAGUCAGAGGUGACCAUUUUGAGAUUGGAAUUUUGGCCUGUGUGGAUGUUGUCUUCAUUUUUGUACUGGCCAUAAAUUAUAUGGGUUUCUGUUAUAGCCUUUCAUUGGAAGAAUAACUGUGAGUGUACUGCUACCUAUAGGAAUUGAUUUCUGUAACUGUAGACUGAAUUGGUAGACGAAUAUUGGGUGAUUACUUUCUUUGGAAUUGAAUUCGGAUCAUUAAAUAUUGUCUUAUUUUAAGGGGA